AUGCAGCGAACACUGGCCCAGGUGAUUGGCUUCAAGUCGCAUUCUUGUAGGCACUGGAACAGCCAUUGGCUAGUUGGAGUGAGCUGCUUCCUCUUCGCUCCAGCAGCAGCUGCCUUUUGGGCAGUUUGGUGGUGCCUUCUACGGUAUGCGGACCUCAAG